GAAGCGAGCGAGAGGCGGACGAGUGGCAGCGGGUCUCGUGUCGCGUCUCGUGUCGCGUCUCGUGUCGCGUCUCGUUUGGACGGUUGGCGCAGCACGGUUUUUGGAGGCUGGGCUGGAGUGUCUGAGCCCGUUUGCCAUCAGAAUGGCAGCCGUGGCCAUGCCCAAGUCCUCGCUGCGGGCGCUGGACGCGCUCAAGUCCCGCCUUGAAGCCAUGAAACGCCUUGACCCGCGCUCCCAAGUGAAUGGAGAUGCUGCUGGGGCCGGCGAGAGCCAGGACGUGUUUUGCGAAACCUCGGCCAGCACGCCACGCAGCGCUGACUUUGAAUUUCUCAACAACAUGUGCACCUCGACCGAGUUUCGCUCGCUUCUCAAGAUGCACGAUCGCUUGGCGACGGCCACGGCCAUGGGCUUGCAACCCGUCGCCACAGACGGCUACACACGUCGAUCCACCGUUCUCGAUGCUCUGCAAGUCGUGCCACCAGAACUACGAGAGGCGGCACUUGAAUGCUCGCGCUUGCUCGACUCGCCCCGCCUCAAGGCCUGUUUUCGUGCCUACGAUGUCAUGGCCACGGACGAUUUUCAAGCCUCUCACGCAGAUGAGACCGCACGUGUGGUCAGGCGCUCGGAAGCCCAGCUGCGCGACGGAACGACCUACCUUCGGUUGCACUUUCGCAAAUCGGGCGAGCCCUUGGGUUGCACCAUCCGCGCCGAUGUCCAGCCCGACGGCAGCGUCCGCACAUUCAUUGCCCGCCUUCUUGCCUCGAGCUUUGCCGAGCGCUGUGGUCUGCUCUGCAUGGGAGACGAGCUAGUCCUCGUCAACGAUCUUGAAGUGCGCGGUCUUCCCACUGAUCAAAUUUUGCAGCGAAUGUCCGAGAACACAGACGAGCUCAUCUUGGGCGUUAUCCCCAAGACCACCUCGCAACCUGGGACCAAAACGUUGCGCAACACUUUUGUGCGCGCCCUGUACUCAUACCGCCCCCUAGAAGAUGACUGGGCACCGUGCCCUGAAGGCGGCCUUGCCUUCAAGAGAGGCGAUGUUCUUCAAAUUCUCAAGCAGGACGGCGAGCUUUGGUGGCAGGCCCGUCGCGUGGACGGCCCAGCCGAUCAGGUCGGCCUCAUUCCUAGCAGCCUCCUUCAAGCGCGCCGCCCGCAGUAUGAUACCCAGGAGUUGGAUGGCAGCCGCGGUGGUUCCGAGGGCGGCGUGCGCGAGGAAGCUUUCUACGAGGCAGUGGUCCUUGUGCAACCCGAAAAGCAUCGUCCACCCCCGGUCGCCCUGAUUGGUCAGACAUGCGCCCCGCGUUUCGUCGACUUUCCCCUCCACCCCACCUUUUGCGUGUUCCAUCUCUCGUCCUGUCGCACCGUCAUGUUUAUCACCGUUGACAUGGCAGGUCCGCCGGGCGUGGGCCGGCAAACCCUCAAGGCACUCAUGCUGCAAACCUAUCCUAACGUGUACCGCACCUGCAUCCCGCACACAUCAAAGCCACGGGGACGAGACGAGAUACCUGGAGAAACCUACGUUUACGUCAGCCGCAAGGAGAUGGAAGCAAGUAUCGCGCGUGGCGAGUUUGUCGAGUAUGGCGAGCACGAGGGCCAUCUCUACGGCACGAGCGUUGAAUCCAUCGACCGCAUUUCAGCCGAGGGCCACAUUUGCCUAAUCGACACCGAGCCCGAGGCCAUCCCUCGGUUGCGCAAUCGCCAGUUGCAGGCGCUGGUCGUGUCCAUCCGACCCCCCAACCUCAAGAAGCUACGAGAGACACGGCAGGACGUUCUCAGCCACCGACAGUGUACCAACAUGCUGGCUGCAGCGGAAACGAUCGAUCGCGCGCACGGCCCUGUUUUUGAUUUCGUGCUGAUCAACGACGAUUUGGUGACGGCAGGCCGACGCCUGCAUAGUUUUUUGUCGCAGGCCAAUCAGCGGCCGCGCUUUGUCCCCGCCUCUUGGGCUGUCGAGCGAGCUCAGCAGCCCCUGGAACCCAGUCUUGUUCAGACGAUCCUACUGGCCCUCAUUGAUUUCCAGGCCAGUUGGUGUUUGUUGGAUCAUGCCGAUUGCCAGUGCAGCGUUGAAGCGAACAGCGAUACCCAGGAGCGAUCCUGCCAUGCCGUGACAACGCUGCCCGAAGACUGUGUCUGCCCCAUCUGCCUGGACCCCGACAGCGAGGCGACGCUGGUCCAGCUCAAACGUUGCAAACACAUUUUCCAUGCCCAGUGCGUGCAAGGCUGGCUCGAGAAGAACACAACUUGCCCCGUGUGCCGGACCAUUGUCACAGGCGCGGUGGAGGUGGCCUUCCUGGCCACGGAAGAGCUCGCGUUGCCCCUGCCCCCAAUGACCUCCUUCAGUCGAGCCCUACAAGCCGUGGCCCGCCGCUACCACAACAACAAUCGCGCCCAAAAGCACCGCGUCAAAGCCUCCCUCGUUUUUGACGAGGAAAAGUUUGAGCUCCUACCCCAUCCCUCUCGCAAAGGGCUCUUCCACCGUCGCCUUCACGAGCCCGGGCCCGUCUUCAGCACAGACGUUCCUCAUGUGAAGGAAAUUUACCGGUAUGGAUGCAUCAUGCUCAUCUGCGUCAGUGAGACGCUCGAUCAUGACGUUACUCGAUUGGCACUACAUGUGCUGCGUCACGAAUCAGUCACACAAAAUGCCAACACGCUCGCCAAUCUGCGCUCCAUAUGCAAAACAGUCCGCUCACGGUUGGGCUACUGCAUGAGCCCAAUUACCGAACCCCCAAGCAAUGAGUCAUCCUCCUCGCCAGCGCCCACUGUCGAUGUCUCGCCCCAUUCCUCCGCCUCCACCCCCUCAUCGUCGCUGGCCUAA